GAGAAAAGCUAUAAAACAUCUUGGUGACUACGACUGUAGGGAUUCAACAAAAAAGAGUGCAUCUGUCGAAUUUUGGGAAAAUACUGAUUUCCCCAGAAUAGUAUUGCAAGCUAAAUAUUUGCAACUAUUAAAAUGAGUACAAAAGCGGAAAACUGUCCAUCAAAGAAGGAGGAAUCAAAACAAAAGUCGGACAAAGAAGAAGAGGAAACUCCCAAAAAUGUCCACUCAGCUAACAAUUGGGAAGGUGUGGACUUGGGGGAUGAUGACAGAAAAAAGAAGUUCUUGCGCCUUAUGGGUGCUGCCAAAAAAGAUCACCAUGGAAAGAUCAUUAUUGGGGACCACGAUGCAGUUCAUGCUAGAUCAAGGGAUGAAACUGUCCACAUUAAUGAAGAUCUGGAGGACCAGUUUAAACAGGGUCUGGAGCACAGGAUGGCCGGUGGGUUCAAAGGUCAUUUAGGUCUGGGUUUUCACGAUGAAGAAAAAAAGAAAGAAGUUGAAGAGAAGGUAGAGGAAAAGAAGGAGAGUGAGGGGGAGAACAAGGGGGAUAACUGUGAGACGGACAAGCCACCAGAGUCAACGAAGAAAGAAGACAGUGAAACCUCCCAAGAAUCACCAAAGAAACAUAAAAUGGAGGAAAGCAAGGAGGAGGAGGAGGGAAAAGAUGAAAGUGUGAAAAAGAAAAUGAAAAUGAAUUUUGUGAAGGCCAGUUCCUGAUGCCUGUAGACUUGUUGUUUAAUGGAAAUAGAAUGUAUUGAUAAAAUGUUAUACUUUUUACUGUUCAAGAUUCAGUGUUGUUGAAAAUGAUUGUUUUUGGUAGGAACUAAAUUUCUUGCCAUUACAUGGAAAUGAAUGAUAACAUUUGGAGGAUGGCUAUGAAAGUAUCAGUAUAUGUUUAAACAUUUUGCCAUAUUAAUUGAUGUACUUGAGAAUCAUGGAUUGUUUGCCUCAUUUUUUUUUUUACAUAUUCAUUAACAUGCAUCACUAUAUUACACUAUUGCAAAGCAGUGACAUUAAAAAUCAUCAGAAUCUA